AUGUCAGCAAAGGUGGAAGCAGAAGACUUGAGGGAAGGGAACCUGAAGUUUUGCCUUCUGAUUCUGAACCAGCCUUUCAACAAAGGUCAUUUUCAUUGUCUGUGGAGCAGAGCUGCCCUGAGAGCUUGUGCUGAUGGAGGUGCCAAUCAUCUCUACCACAUCACGGAAGGGAGCCAGGAAAGCUUCUUGCCUGAUUACAUCAGUGGUGAUUUUGAUUCCAUCCAGCCAGAAGUCAAGGAGUACUACAAGGUCAAGGGAUGUGAGUUAAUUGAGACCAUGGAUCAGGACCUCACAGAUUUCACCAAGUGCCUUCAAAUACUCCAGAAAAAGAUAGAGAAGAAAGGCCUCCAGGUUGAUGUGAUUGUGGCUUUGGGUGGACUCGGAGGACGCUUUGACCAAACAAUGGCAUCGGUAGAAACGCUUUUUCAUGCAACAAAUAUCACUCCUUCUCCAGUGAUAGUUAUCCAGGACUGCUCACUGAUCUACCUGCUUCAGCCUGGCAAGCACCAGCUGCGUGUGGACACAGGACUGGAGGGCUCCUGGUGCGGCCUCGUCCCCAUCGGGAACCCCUGCGAGAGCGUGACCACGACAGGCCUUAAGUGGAACCUCACUAACCAAGUGCUGAAGUUUGGAACACUUGUCAGUACUUCCAACACCUAUGACAACUCCGGGACUGUGACCAUCGAGACAGACAAACCUUUGCUGUGGACAAUGGCUAUCAAGAGAUAAGAUCGGCUACAGCUGCCUUUUCUGAUCUGACACAACUCAAAUUACUACAAAAUUUCACUGAAUUAAGACAGUAAGAAUUAAGCUGUUGCAAGAUAUAAGCAGGCACUGAUCUUCUGUACUGAAUGAAAAACAAGUCUGAAAUAAAAUUCACUCGAGAUUGAAUCAAAAUUACUUGCAGUAAUAGAGUACUUCAUUCUGGUAAGUCACACUACUUCAUCAGAAGAUGCAUGAGCAGCCACAAACCGAAAUGAAUGUAAAGAAACUGCUGCUGCUUAUCUGGUUAGUCCAGGCUAUUUUUACAAAGUAUUUUAUUCCAAUACUAAACUAUUUUUCCCCUCCUGCAAAAAUAAAUACAGUACCCAGUUUCACAUAGUAUAACUGUAUUACAAGGUGAUAGCACUAAGAUU